AUGUGUUCAUGCGUAUCUUCUACAACUGUGCAAAGCUGGAGACAACGUACUCCUUCUUCUUUCUCACUCAAGAUCCAAAAGUUUUCCCAUGUCGAAAAAUCAACUCUCUUCUCUGAUGGCAAGUAUGAAUCCCGUCUUUUCUCCUCUGGUGGAUACAACUGGAGAAUGAUCCUAUACCCCAAAGGGAACAACAAAGACGAUGGAAGUGGAUUUAUUUCAAUGUAUGUUGAAAUAGAUAGCACAAGCCUUUUGACUACACCCCCUUAUGAGGUGUUUGCAGAUCUACGGUUUUUCGUCUUUAACAAAACAGAAAACAAGUACUAUACCAUUCAAUAUGUAGAGUCGAAGCUAUUCAAUACAAUCAGAACAGUAUGGGGAUUGGCUCAAGUGCUUCCGCUUGAUACAUUCAAUGAGCCUAACAACGGAUAUAUUUUUGGAGGCGAUCAAUGCGAGUUUGGUGUUGAUGUCAUUGUUUCUACACCCCCUACUAAUUGGGAAAUCCACUCUUUACAUGAAGAACUAUUUCAACCCAAGUCGGUCCAGAAUUUCUCUAAGCUGAAUGAAAAUUGUAAGGAAUCAUGCAAUUUUUCGAUGGAAGGAAAUGGUGAGUGGGUUCUGAAGUUGUAUCCCAAAGGGGACGUCGCAAGUGCAGAAGGCAAAUGGUUAUCCCUUAAUCUGCAUCUCGCUCAGUGUGAACUAAGGGAAAGUGAAAAGAUUUUUGUGCAAGCUCAAUUGCGGAUUUUAGACCCACGUGGAUCUAAUCACGUUACAAACAAAACUGCGGCUUGGCACAACAGCUCGAAUUUGGGUUGGGGAUUCCGGAAAUUUGUGUCUCUAGCUGAACUUCCAAAGGCAUACUUGGACAUGGACACUUUAAAUGUAGAGAUCGAGUUUGAAGUUGUUUCUGAAGCAGAGUACUCUUCUUCCAUGAUUUAA